UCAAGCAAUCCUCCUGCCUCGGCCUCCCAAAGUUCUAGGAUUACAGGUGUGAGCCACUGCACCGAGCUCCAGCAAGAUUUUUACAUUCUAAAUUGGGUUAUAUUUGUAAUAAUGAGUGUCACUAAUAAGAGGAAGUGCAAGUACCAAUAUGUUCUUUACAGGCCUCAUACUGUUGUUUUUCUUUUCUUUUUGUUUUCAUUCUUGGUCAUACUGCUGUUUUUCUUAGCCAAUUUCUGGCCAAACUCCUCCUCACCACUUAUUUUAUGUAUGCUGAUUACUAUGCUGUACUACUAAAUUCGGCUCUUGUCUUGCCAGUUCACACCUUCCCCUAAGGCAUAAUAACCAUUUACUGCUUAAUUUUCGCUUUUCUGCUCUAUCUUGCUGGGGUGGUGUAAUAAAAUUCCAGCUUAACCGAGUAAGUAAAAUGGCUUGCCAGUGAUGAUAAGGACCAGAUUUGUUUGGGAUAUGUAGCAGCACAAAUAUAAAAGUAAAUAAAUAAAACAAGCCCAUCUCAAUCCUAACUUCCAGACACUGGUCAGGGUGAUUGAAAACUGAAAUUGUUCAUGCUAACCAACGUUUUACAGUUUCCACCUAACAUUUUGUUCAGUUUGGUGCCUUCUUGUGCCUCUUAUUUUUACAAACACAACUCAGAGGCCCUGAUAACUUUAGAGAAGGCAUAUCCAAGUUUUUACUCAUUCCAGAUAUUCCUGGAUAUAGCAGGAAUUUGAAAACUAUUAUGUAAUUAUUCUACCUGCAACAUCUGCUCAUCAGAUUUUAAUAUGCAAGCCUUGUGGCUUCAAGUCAUUGCCUGUGACUGAUCAUCUUUACAAAUGCAAGAGUCCCCUGAAACUGUCUCCCACCCAUUAGGGUGCUCAUACUAACAGCUAACCCACUAGACCCACUACAAGAUUCAGUAUUUGUAAAGCUGAAAACGUGGUUGUGGCGUUUACAUUUUCAUUCCGAUCGGCCUAGCCUUCGCUCUCUUCUCUCUUGGAUGUUUUCUUGCCUUACCUGGUCUGAGAAAAAAAUGUGCCGCCUAACCCUUGCAGAGUUAACACGGGGACGCUUGCCAGAUGCGUGCAGUCCCGGCGGUCCGGAUACGCGGGGAGGUGGCGGCAGGAACGCCUGGGCCAGGCGCUGGUACGUUAUCCCGUUACAGACGUUGGCCUAGUCCGCAGGUUGCCCCUGGAGAGGCGACGGCGACACCAGGCCCUCGACUGGCUCCGCUCCUCCGCGACAGGCUGAAGGAGACAACCUCUCUUUCGCCUGGGGACGAUCCAAAGUUUGGUGGGUCGGCCUUAGUCAGGGCCUACUCGCUGUCGCAAAGAAGGUCAAACUCACCUUGGGAAAGUACGCGCCGGGACGGCAGCUAGCACCAUAACAGGCAGCCCCAGCGGCGUCUCCCAGGGUCAGCCCAGGACAGCCAACAAGCCCCGCCGCCCGAGAGCCGGAGGCGGGGCCGCCCCCUUCCCGGCAGGCUGCCGACUUCCGGACCUGCGUAGACGCCUAUCUGCGCCUCCAGGCGCGCCCCUCCCCCGGCAGGCCGUUUCCCGGCAUGCUCCGCGGAGGAAGAGACGGAGUCGACAAUAACAAACCAAGCCGCGGCGGUGUCCGCGGCCCUGCCGAGCCCUCGGCGUUGCCUCAGGGUCCCCCAGUCGCCUGGGCCCCUCGGCUCUGACAGGCCGUGGCCCUCUGUCCCCCGGCCCCAGACCCAGAGCCGAGGGGCCUGCCCGCGUCCUUCUCCGCCCGGACCCCUCCCUCCUGCCUAGAGUUCGGGGCCGCGGCGGGCGGGCGCCCGGGACGCCGGCGGUUGUGUCGGCUUAGCGGUGCCGAAUGGGCGGUUGGUAGCCGCCGCCGAGGACUAGGCGGCGGCGGAAGAUGGUGCCGGGGGUCGCUGGCUCUGUUGCUGCCGCCGGCGAAGGAGGAGGCGCUGCCGGUUCUCUGAAUUUAACUAGUAAUGCCAUUCAGUUGCCAAUCUCAAGCAAAGCAAACAUAAACCAGUUUUAAUCUACUUUUUAAGAAAAGUGGUAGUCCUUUUCACAGUGCCUGACGUAACCGUAUCAGAGGGUGAGGUAUAAGCUCACAGAAUUCAGAUAAAUCAUCAUGAAGUUAUAUGUAUUUCUGGUUAACACUGGAACUACUCUAACAUUUGACACUGAACUUACAGUGCAAACUGUGGCAGACCUUAAGCAUGCCAUUCAAAGCAAAUACAAGAUUGCUAUUCAACACCAGGUGCUGGUGGUUAAUGGAGGAGAAUGCAUGGCUGCAGAUCGAAGAGUGUGUACCUACAGUGCUGGGACGGAUACAAAUCCAAUUUUUCUUUUUAACAAAGAAAUGAUCUUAUGUGAUCGUCCACCUGCUAUUCCUAAAACUACCUUUUCGACAGAAAAUGACAUGGAAAUAAAAGUUGAAGAAUCUCUUAUGAUGCCUGCAGUUUUUCAUACUGUUGCUUCAAGGACACAGCUUGCAGUGGAAAUGUAUGAAGUUGCCAAGAAACUUUGUUCUUUUUGUGAAGGUCUUGUACAUGAUGAACAUCUUCAGCACCAAGGCUGGGCUGCAAUUAUGGCCAACCUGGAGGACUGUUCAAAUUCAUACCAAAAGCUACUUUUCAAGUUUGAAAGUAUUUAUUCAAAUUAUCUGCAGUCCAUAGAAGACAUCAAGUUAAAACUUACUCAUUUAGGAACUGCAGUUUCAGUAAUGGCCAAGAUUCCACUAUUGGAGUGCCUAACCAGACAUAGUUACAGAGAAUGUUUGGGAAGAUUGGAUUCUUUACCUGAACAUGAAGCCCCGGAAAAAGCUGAGAUGAAAAGAUCCACUGAACUGGUGCUCUCUCCUGAUAUGCCUAGAACAACUAACCAAUCUUUGUUAACCUCAUUUCCCAAGUCAAUGGAACACGUGUCCCCAGAUACCACAGAUGCUGAAAGUGGCAAAGAGAUUAGGGAAUCUUGUCAAAGUACUGUUCAUCAGCAAGAUGAAACUACGAUAGACACUAAAGAUGGUGAUCUGCCCUUUUUUAAUGUUUCUUUGUUAGACUGGAUAAAUGUUCAAGAUAGACCUAAUGAUGUGGAAUCUUUGGUCAGGAAGUGCUUUGAUUCUAUGAGCAGGCUUGAUCCAAGGAUUAUUCGACCAUUUAUAGCAGAAUGCCGUCAAACUAUUGCCAAACUUGAUAAUCAGAAUAUGAAAGCCAUUAAAGGGCUUGAAGAUCGGCUCUACGCCCUGGACCAGAUGAUUGCUAGCUGUGGCCGACUGGUGAAUGAACAGAAAGAGCUUGCUCAGGGAUUUUUAGCUAAUCAGAAGAGAGCUGAAAACUUAAAGGAUGCAUCUGUAUUACCUGAUUUAUGCCUGAGUCACGCGAAUCAGUUGAUGAUUAUGUUGCAAAAUCAUAGAAAACUGUUAGAUAUUAAGCAGAAGUGUACCACUGCCAAACAAGAACUAGCAAAUAACCUACAUGUCAGACUGAAGUGGUGUUGCUUUGUAAUGCUUCAUGCUGAUCAAGAUGGAGAGAAGUUACAAGCUUUGCUCCGCCUCGUGAUAGAGCUGUUAGAAAGAGUCAAAAUUGUUGAAGCUCUUAGUACAGUUCCUCAGAUGUACUGCUUAGCUGUUGUUGAGGUUGUAAGAAGAAAAAUGUUCAUAAAACACUACAGGGAGUGGGCUGGUGCUUUAGUCAAAGAUGGAAAGAGAUUAUAUGAAGCAGAAAAAUCAAAAAGGGAAUCCUUUGGGAAAUUAUUUAGGAAGUCUUUUUUAAGAAAUCGUCUGUUUAGGGGACUGGACUCCUGGCCCCCUUCCUUUUGUACUCAGAAGCCUCGAAAGUUUGACUGUGAACUUCCAGAUAUUUCAUUAAAAGAUUUACAGUUUCUGCAAUCAUUUUGUCCUUCGGAAGUUCAGCCAUUCCUCAGGGUUCCCUUACUUUGUGACUUUGAACCUCUACACCAGCAUGUACUUGCUCUACAUAAUUUGGUAAAAGCAGCACAAAGUUUGGAUGAAAUGUCACAGACCAUUACAGAUCUACUGAGUGAACAAAAGGCAUCUGUGAGUCAGACAUCCCCACAGUCUGCUUCUUCACCAAGGAUGGAAAGUACAGCAGGAAUUACAACUACUACCUCACCAAGAACUCCUCCACCGCUGACUGUUCAGGAUCCCUUAUGUCCUGCAGUUUGUCCCUUAGAAGAAUUAUCUCCAGAUAGCAUUGAUGCACAUACAUUUGAUUUUGAAACUAUUCCCCAUCCAAACAUAGAACAGACUAUUCACCAAGUUUCUUUAGACUUGGAUUCUUUAGCAGAAAGUCCUGAAUCAGAUUUUAUGUCUGCUGUGAAUGAAUUUGUAAUAGAAGAAAAUCUGUCAUCUCCUAAUCCUAUAAGUGAUCCACAAAGCCCAGAAAUGAUGGUGGAAUCACUUUAUUCAUCAGUUAUCAAUGCAAUAGACAGUAGACGUAUGCAGGAUACAAAUGUAUGUGGUAAGGAGAAUUUUGGAGAUCAUGCUUCUCUGAAUGUCCAGUUAGAAAGAUGUAGAGUUGUUGCCCAAGACUCUCACUUCAGUAUACAAACCAUUAAGGAAGACCUUUGCCACUUUAGAACAUUUGUACAAAAAGAACAGUGUGACUUCUCAAAUUCAUUAAAAUGUACAGCAGUAGAAAUAAGAAACAUUAUUGAAAAAGUAAAAUGUUCUCUGGAAAUAACACUAAAAGAAAAACAUCAAAAAGAACUACAGUCUUUAAAAAAUGAAUAUGAAGGUAAACUUGAUGCACUAAUAAAGGAAACUGAAGAGAAUGAAAACAAAAUUAAAAAAUUGAAGGGAGAGUUAGUAUGCCUUGAGGAGGUUUUACAAAAUAAAGAUAAUGAAUUUGCUUUGGUUAAACAUGAAAAAGAAGCUGUAAUCUGCCUGCAGAAUGAAAAGGAUCAGAAGUUGUUAGAAAUGGAAAAUAUAAUGCACUCUCAAAAUUGUGAAAUUGAAGAACUGAAGCAGUCACGAGAAAUAGUGUUAGAAGACUUAAAAAAGCUCCAUGUUGAAAAUGAUGAGAAGUUACAGUUAUUGAGGGCAGAACUUCAGUCUUUGGAGCAAAGUCAUCUAAAGGAAUUAGAGGACACACUUCAGGUUAGGCACAUACAAGAGUUUGAGAAGGUUAUGACAGACCACAGAAUUUCUUUGGAGGAAUUAAAAAAGGAAAACCAACAAAUAAUUAAUCAAAUACAAGAAUCUCAUGCUGCAGUUAUCCAGGAAAAAGAACAACAGUUACAGGAAUUAAAACUCAAGGUUUCUGAUUUGUCAGACAUGAGAUGCAAGUUAGAGGUUGAACUUGCAUUGAAGGAAGCAGAAACUGAUGAAAUAAAAAUUUUGCUGGAAGAAAGCAGAGCCCAGCAGAAGGAGACCUUGAAAUCUCUUCUUGAACAGGAGACAGAAAAUUUGAGAACAGAAAUUAGUAAACUCAACCAAAAGAUUCAGGAUAAUAAUGAAAAUUAUCAGGUGGGCUUAGCAGAGCUAAGAACUUUAAUGACAAUUGAAAAAGAUCAGUGUAUUUCUGAGUUGAUUAGUAGACAUGAAGAAGAAUCUAGUAUACUUAAAGCUGAAUUAAACAAAGUAACAUCUUUGCAUCACCAAGCAUUUGAAAUAGAAAACACCCUGAAAGAACAAAUAAUUGAACUGCAGAGUAAAUUGAACUCGGAAUUGAGUGCUCUUGAAAAACAGAAAGAUGAAAAAAUCACCCAACAAGAAGAGAAAUAUGAAGCUAUUAUCCAGAACCUUGAGAAAGACAAACAAAAAUUGGUCAUCAGCCAGGAACAAGACAGAGAACAGUUAAUUCAGAAGCUUAAUUGUGAAAAAGAUGAAGCUAUUCAGACUGCCCUAAAAGAAUUUAUAUUGGAGAGAGAAGUUGUUGAGAAACAGUUAUUAGAAAAAGUAAAACAUCUUGAGAACCAAAUAGCAAAAAGUCCUGCUAUUGACUCUACCAGAGAAGAUUCUUCAAGCUUAGUUGCUGAACUUCAAGAAAAGCUUCAGGAAGAAAAAGCUAAGUUUCUAGAACAACUUGAAGAGCAAGAAAAAAGAAAGAAUGAAGAAAUGCAAAAUGUUCGAACAUCUUUGAUUGCAGAACAACAGACCAAUUUUAACACUGUUUUAACAAGAGAGAAAAUGAGAAAAGAAAACAUAAUAAACGAUCUUAGUGAUAAGUUGAAAAGUACAAUGCAGCAACAAGAACGGGAUAAAGAUUUGAUAGAGUCACUUUCUGAAGAUCGAGCUCGUUUGCUUGAGGAAAAGAAAAAGCUUGAAGAAGAAGUCAGUAAGUUGCGUAGUAGCAGUUUUGUUCCUUCACCAUAUGUAGCUACAGCCCCAGAACUUUAUGGAGCUUGUGCACCUGAACUCCCAGGUGAAUCAGAUAGAUCCGCUGUGGAAACAGCAGAUGAAGGAAGAGUGGAUUCAGCAAUGGAGACAAGCAUGAUGUCUGUACAAGAAAAUAUUCAUAUGUUGUCUGAAGAAAAACAGCGGAUAAUGCUGUUAGAACGAACAUUGCAAUUGAAAGAAGAAGAAAAUAAACGGUUAAAUCAAAGACUGAUGUCUCAGAGCAUGUCUUCAGUAUCUUCGAGGCAUUCUGAAAAGAUAGCUAUUAGAGAUUUUCAGGUGGGAGAUUUGGUACUCAUCAUCCUAGACGAACGCCAUGACAAUUAUGUGUUAUUUACUGUUAGUCCUACUUUAUAUUUUCUACAUUCAGAGUCUCUACCUGCCCUGGAUCUCAAACCAGGUGAGGGUGCUUCAGGUGCAUCUAGAAGACCCUGGGUACUUGGAAAAGUAAUGGAAAAAGAAUACUGUCAAGCCAAAAAGGCACAAAACAGAUUUAAAGUUCCUUUGGGGACAAAGUUUUACAGAGUGAAAGCCGUAUCAUGGAAUAAGAAAGUAUAACUUACGGACAAAAUUAAUACAUUCUAUGACUUUUUUUUCUGAUUUGUCCUGCAGUGCUCAUUCAUCACUCCAAAAACAGCAGGCCAUCUUUUUAUGCAAAAGUCAGCGUGACAAUAUGCUUCAUUGGUGUACAUCAUUUACUUUUUAACUGGCUUCAUUUUAGGAAUAAUUAAUUCAUCAAAAUCCUUGGCUGAAUUAAAAUGGUUUUUGUUUUUUGUUUUUACCCAGACAACUCUAGAAAUGCGGACCAAACUAGUUCAUUUUCUCAAAGGGCAUACCUUGUGCAUUGUGGCUUAUGAUGAGCCAUAUUAAUUGCCUGUUAAAUAUACACUAGCUUGAACUUAGAUGUUAAAUGUUAUUAUUACCAGCAUUUGUCCUUUUGUGAAAUCAGUAUCAGAAUACUUGCACUCUUUAACACAUUCUUUAUAAAAUGUAUAAAUUCUUCAAAACUAUUUAAAGAGGAGUGUUAUUGCAUGCAGAUAAUCAUUUUGAGUUUGCCUCAGUAGAUUACUAAAGCAAAUUGUUUCAGUUUUCUUAAAUGCCCUUUGAUGUUUCAAAAAAAAGGAACUGUAAUUUGAUUGACUGAUUUUAAGAUCAGCCAUAAAUAAUCAGCAAUCUUCAAAAGCACUUUCAAUGGAUUGGUCAUCUGGGUUCUAAAGGGAAGAGUCUGUGCUACUAACCAUUUCAAAUGCAGACUCAAACCUUCCCAACAUCUUUAUGACUCUAGAAUAAUCAUAUUGAUGAAAUCGUAAUUCAUGGUUGAGUUUCAGAACAAAAGAUAUUCAUUGCACAUUAACCAUUUAGAGGUCAUUUAAAUAACAAAAUAUUGUAUUGUAAAAGAACUGUACAAUUUUAAAACAAUAAAGAUUUGAACCUGUAAAUGUGUGUGCCUUUUAAAGAAGGAUACAUUUUUAAUAUAUUUGAGUGAUUGCUGGGAAGUGUGAAAAUAUUGUUAUGUAUCAUAUCAAAGAGAAACAUGUUUAUUACAAAAAUGUUCUUUAACUAUAUACUAUGUAACAGGGUAAACAGUGUUAUGUAGAAUAGAAUUGUGUAAACUAGAUCUUUAGAGAAGUUGCCAUUGAGCAAAGUUAUUUAAAUGAGUUAGUUGAGUUGGAUGAGAAUUGUUUGAGGUCUGUUGCUAGAGAACAAUAAUAAAAUAAUUCUUUUUCAGAAAAUAUUUAAUUUCUUCAUAAAAAUAAGUUAAAUAUUUUUUUAAAUAUGUGUAUCUAAUAGUACAAAAUGGAAUAAACAUCAUAGUGUAUAGAAAACUGAAUUUGACAAGUUAAUAAAUGAACAAAUGAUUUCACAUGUUUCUAUUUAAUCUUUCCAUGACAUCUUUAUGCAAAGACUGUUAAAGCAAUAACUUUAUAUAGAGGGCGAUUUUGUGAAGCAGAUCUGGUUAGGUCUAAAUGAAUCUGCCAGCUAGGCCAUUUUGACUUAAUUGGUACUCUUCAAAUUUCAUAUGUGGUCAUUGUACUGUGGAAUUUUUGUGACACAUGAUAUCAAAUCAAAUCAUUAUUAAUAUUGCUGUUGAAGAUUGA